GACACACAAUUUUUACAUCGUUGAGAACGAACAAGAACGUACGAGGAAGAAACGCAAAUAUUAAAAUUAAAGUGAGCCGUUUAACAGCAAUGUGCAAAAAUAAUCGGGGAAAAGCCUUAGCUUUGUGUAAUGUGUCGCUGUUUUAAAUUGUUGCGAGAAUUUGCAGGUGGUGUGAGAAAAAUAGAAAAAAGAUGGUAACAGUCAACGCAAUGAGACGACGUCGUAGACGAUAUAAUUAUUCUCGUCAGAUCUGUAAAAAAAUUGUCCAUAAUAAAUCUCGUGUGGAAAAGUGUCUAUCUAUACAAUUAAGAGAGGCCACUCAACACGUAUGUAUGAAAAAUUCGACCAAUUUUAAAUUUGCUCUAAGGAUACUUUGGAAAACUGGCAGCAUAAUCUCAAAUCGAAUUAUUAGUAUCUGCAGCAGCUUUUAAUGCAUCAGAAGUUGAAGAUACAACAGAUUGUAGGAAAAAUCAACAUCUAAGAUUGUUGCAUAGCUAAGGAUAUUUACCAAGCUUUAGAAUGUGGUACGACAUGAACUAUAGCCACUCAAGGGAAAGCAAUGCCAGUAUACAUCCCUACUUUGAAGAAAAUUCCUGCAUGACGCCUAUGACUACCUCAGCGACAGCAGCAACGUCUUUAUAUAAAAAUCACUCUAGUCUUCAAGACGCUAUGGGUACGCUAUCAACAACAACACUCAACAUGCCAUAUAACAAGUAUUAUACAAGUGAUGUUGCACGAAGUCGUUCGAGUAGUAGAGCAACGGAUUACUGCGAUUCGAGUACGUACUACGAUCACUACAUGAUGGAACCACGUCCACAUACUGCGAUGCAAAUGCAGUCGACAAUGAGCUAUGGGGAUUAUGGGUUCAAUACCGAUAGUAAUAAAUUACCAUCAUACAGUGAUUCAAUAUCAACUGCGACAACACUAGCAUAUGAACAGAAACUACAGGAUUUACAAAAACGUCGGCAAUCAAUUAUAUUAGCGAUGACUACUGCAUCGGUUAUAGCUAGCGGCGAGACACGUAUUCCACAACAUCUUUUGAAAAAAUCUGAACAUUCAACGAAAUCAACCGCGCCUGCAACAUACGCAGGUACCGCAGAUUACGUAUUGCCAACAUCAGAGCAUCCUAACUCAUUCGAUGUCUCGUAUUCGUAUUCCGAUAGUGGAUACACCGUCAAUAGUAACCCUGAUACUAUUAAUGAUAUAAAAACUCGUUCCUAUACAACCGUAAAAUCCAGUAUAGCAGACGGCUUAUCUUCUUUACCCAUAGCUGCUCCUACAACGCUUUUAUUGUCCUCAUCAUCCCCGAUCGUGUCGUCCGACAAUAUAAAGUAUAUAAGCGACAUAUCGACAACAGGAACAUCAGUAUUUGAACCAACUUUCUCAUCUUAUGGAAAAUUGCCAAAGAAAUUGCCCAGUACACCGCAAUCAUCAAGCAAGAGUAAAAUUAAACAAUUGCCUCAGUCCCCCACAAUAAUGCAGAAAUCGCCAGCAAUUAGUCUACUGUCAAACACCCCAACUAUAUUUGAUUCAAAGAAAGACAAUUCAUUGAUUAGUAGCUCAAAUGGAUCAAAAUCAGCAUCAUAUUUGCCUUUCACCCAGAGUGAUGUUUCAUCACCCUCAUACUUAAACAAAAUUUCAACGUCAGACCAAAUAGCGCUGUCAACAAACAACACUUCAGUCGAUAAUAUUGAAAGUAAUAGUAAGCGCCUUGUGUUUAACACCAACUAUAGGGGUAAUUACGAUAAUAACUUUAAUCAAAAUAACAAUUUUUAUGACAAUGAUAUGGGCAGCACCUACUACGAUAAAUUCGCAGACGAAUUAAGACCAACAUAUGACAGCGAACAUGUGGAUGAGGGACUAUCUGACGAUUUUGUAGAGGAUUCAGUUUUAGUGCCCACAUCACCGUCCAUGGAUCACCUUCGCAAGGAUCUACCUGAAAGAACGUCAGCAAUGUUGCCAGAGACUUCCAUCUUUCCCGAAACAUCAUAUAAAUUUGAUUCAGAUAAUUUAUUGCCAUUAACAUCAAAUACAUCAGUCAGUACAAUAUCAGCCAUAGAUUUGCCAUCACGCACUAAAUAUUCAUCAACAGAAGACGGGUUGGAAUAUAUAAACAAAUCGAAUUCCACUUUUGAUGAGGUUUUCACUGAAUCGUUGACAAUAUCCACUCCCAAAUACGUGGAUCCGAUCGAUUUCAUAUACACUAGCAGCGCUGGUAACAGUAAAUCAGCAGAAAUUUCUCAUUCUGUUCCUAGCUCAUAUCAUAAAGAAGAUCAUGUAGAAUAUUCCACAUUGCCAUCAUCAACCAUUAUGUUUCCGGAUAUAACAUCAACUCCAGUAGUAAAUGAUACAGAACAUGUGAAAAAUGGAUAUGGUAGCAAAAACGUUGAUGAUCAAACAAAAUUCAGUUCAGCUAGGUCUAGUAGUUUCAAAGCAUUUCAAGGUGAUAGUCCUAGUUGUAGCGUCGUAGACCAUGCCUCUUACACGUGUUCGUCCACCACAUUGUCAAGCCUUACAACGACAACUGUAUCAUCAUCCAUUAAAUGUAAUGCGUUGCCAUCUUCAGAUUAUUUUAAUUCUACAAAAACCAAUAUUGCUAGCAUAUUAGAAGCACGCCCUUGGGAGCCACCUUCAUAUUUAAAGCUUUACAGCGACAAUUUUGAAGAGUAUUUAAAUUCGACGAAGGAGUAUAGUUUGACCACAACUGCAGUCACCGCAACAGCUGACUAUACAAAGCCACUAUAUUUGGACUCGCCAUUGUCAAUAACUUAUUCGCCACUCAAAAGUUCCAAUUUUUUGGCGAAAUCCGAUAGCAAUGACGAAGAGACGAAAACCUCUUCGUCGAAUCAAGAUGAUUUAGUUAAAACACCUGCCGAUGUACCAACUUUCCCUCCGACAUCCUCCCACUCCAUCACCACAUUGCCCAAUACGGGAACCAUAUCCACUAAAGCGGAAACGGAGAGCUUGAAAAUUUCUACAAUCUCUCCAGCUAUAUCAUUUGAUUCAACAAUAACGGACACAAAAGAAUUACCCGCUUAUAUAACAGAUUUUCUGUUUACGUCGUCCUUAAGUGAUACAAAUGAUUACUUCAACACAUAUAAAAUAACUGAUACCGAAACCAUUGCGACUGUCGAUGUAAAUAUUGCUGAGAAAGAUUUAGUUAAUAAAAACGACGUUGAGGAUUAUUUUAGCACAUUUACCUUGGCAAAUUCAGAGGAUAAAAAGACGAUGUUUAUAGAGACCGCAAUGUCUCCAGAAUAUACAAAAAUUGAGAACGAUGUUCCUCCGGCAACUGAAACAUUAACAACUGCAACAUCAGUAACAAUAUCGGAACACAACGAUGCCUAUUCUACAUCAUCUACCUUUUCAUACUCUACAGAUACGUUGCUACCAAAGGUCGAUUUUGACGACAGUUUCUAUAAUAGUUUUAAUGUCGAUCUUACAUCAUUGAUAGUGGAUACAUCAUCUACUGCUAGCUCAAUCAGUGAAUCCAAAGCGGGACUAACCACCACAAAUACCAACAGUAAUAUCAUCGUUUCCACCACGGCUACCACUAGUUGUUUUAAUGUAGAGAGCUCCCAAGUGGCUUCAUUUUCAUCUAAUGCUGGUCUAACAUCAACAAAUGACGCAGAAGAUACCAAAAAAUCUCUUUACAGUACGAGUUCUAUUGGUAACAGUGAAUCAGCUCUUAGUGGCUAUUAUAAACCGCCGACUUUGAAUUCUGUAACAUCGAAUGCUACUACUGCUUCGGCAGUUAGUAAAGCUUCCAGUAUGCUUGGUGGUCUAUCACAAAGCUUGAAGGGGGGUUUAGAUAACGUACUGGCGGCAGAUGCCGGCAGUAACAACGAUUCGCAGCAGCCUACUUCUUCAAAGAAGGGCUUCGGUUUUGGAUUAGCUUCCAAACUGGUGCCUAAUGUUGGCAGUUUACUAGCAGCAGCAACAAAAUCGACCGCCUCCCCUACAACAUCAACCCAAUCUACUAAUAGCAAUACCGUAUCAUCAUCUAUCACUAUGCAAAGUGAUAUAUCUUCCAAAUCUUUACAGGUUGAUUCUUACGAUCAUCUUAUUACAAAAGAGAAUUACAAUACAGCAUCCUUUAUAACCGAGACCACAUGUAAUGAGGAAAUCUACAAUAAUAACGUUACCAAUGGCUUCAUCUUAAACAAUAAUUAUACGGAAGAAGCAAAUGCAUUUAAUGUCAUUUCGACUAUGAAUACGCCUGUUACUAGGGAUAUAGUUUCAUCAUAUGACGAACCACAUAUAACCAGUCAAGAUAAUGAAUAUUGUCAGGUGACAAAUAGUUAUGAUUACGUUCACGAUGAGAUAAACAUGACGAAUUCAGUUGACAAUGCAUACAGUAGUGAAUAUUCAACAUUUGCGGACAGUACUCAUUGUACUGGAGGAAAUGGAUAUAAUGAGUACGAUUAUGUUACUGCACCGGGAAGUUUUGGUAACGAAUCUAAAUUCGUUACUAGUUCAUCGACGCUUAAAUCGGAGAAUAUAGCCAGCAGUAUGACAUCCAGUGCCAGCGUUAAAAGUUCGAGUAGUUCAAUUCUCCCAUCUCUGACAAGCAUUACUUCACAUGUAUCAAAACCCGCUCCAACUACUACAACUACCAAAUCAAGUGGUGGAGGCGGCGGAAUGUUUGGUUCUCUUUUUGGAAAAGCUGCAGUAGCAAUGCAGACAGCAACUCAAGUGCUCAACCAGGGUGCAACUAUAGCUAGUACAAAGGUCCAAAAGAAUUUACAGUCAACAGGUGCUCCAACUGCACAAGAAGUAAAUGUAACAUCAUCAAACUCGAGAGAUAUUAAGCAACAAUCACAACCAAGCCAAAUAUAUUCAUCUUCUACAACAACAUAUUCAUCUUCAUCAGCAACAAAUCUCAAUGAAAAUAAUUAUGUUAAUGGUUAUACCACCCAACAAGAAAUUACAUCGCAACAAGAAAUGAAUAUUUGCGAUGGCGACAAUAUUCAAUAUGCAAACGGUAAUCAGCCCCCGAAACCAAUUAAUCAGCAAGUUAAACUAUUGCCGACUGUGCCAACAGCUGGAUCCACUGGCAAAAAACUGCCCAUCAUCAAUGGUAAAUCGGGAGUUUUAAUAAAACAACCUGCAGAGAUUUACGAUGACAGCGAAGAAGUUAUUACCAGCAAAUCUCUUCAGUUAAAGCGUACGCCGAGUUACGACAUCGAUAAUGGACAGGAUGAUUACUAUAUGGAUGUCCAGCACUCAGCACAAUCGUCGACAAUACAUGUGUCUACAAAUGCUUAUUAUGAACACGCAAAUGGAGGUUAUGAUUACCAAGAUGAUUAUUUUGAGGCAGAUGAUGAAUAUAAAUCAAUGGAAAUUUCGGAAAACCAAGAAUCACAUAAAAUAGCUCCAACUAAAAGAAAAUCUUUACCACAUGUGCCAGAGGAACCUGAAUAUCAUCAGCCAAACGAAAAUACUGAGAACUACAUUGACGAUUUAUGUCCUAGUGAUGGCAGUGGCAAUUAUGAAGAAAGCUCAAACGAUAGUGCUAAAAGUUCUGUCAAUAAUCAACAACUGACAACAAAUCCACUUCCGCCACACAUAAGUGAUACAUUGGAACCAAAAACAACUAUGUCUAAUCAGCAGUAUGCACAUCAACAUAUGAAGAAACAAGAUAGUAUAAUAUUGGAGGAGGAUGAAGAAGAUGAGUUAUCUUCACUAGGGUUGCAUGAUACAGUUGGUUCCCCUUCGAAGUCACUAAGUCGAAAAUCUAGUAAUGUCGUUAUGAAUGACGAAGAUGAUGAGUUCCCAAUGAACGACAUGCAAAUUACCACAAAGAAUAUGUCAGGAAAAAAGAAAUUAAUGCGCGGUGAGACAGAAGAAGUAGUAAGUGGUCAUAUGCAAAUAUCGAAGAGAAAGCCUGAAAUAACGGCUAUUAAACGUUGGCACUGGGCUUAUAACAAAAUUAUAAUGCAGCUUAACAACGGAAGUGGUCCUGGUUCGGUGGGAAUGAGAAUCAAUGGGCACCCCGGAGAUAAUCCCUUCUACAGUAAUAUUGAUAGUAUGCCAGAUAUAAGACCACGCCGAAAAUCUAUACCACUCGUGUCUGAAAUAACAAUGGCCGCUAUAAAACGUAAUGCUGGCCUUACCUCAGCUGUUCCAAGAGCCACUUUAAACGAUGAAGAAUUGAAAAUGCAUGUAUACAAGAAGGCUUUACAGGCGUUAAUCUACCCCAUUUCUUCAACAACUCCUCAUAAUUUUGUUCUUUGGACAGCAACUUCUCCUACAUACUGUUAUGAAUGUGAAGGGUUGUUAUGGGGAAUAGCUCGACAGGGCGUUCGUUGCACUGAAUGUGGGGUUAAGUGUCAUGAGAAAUGUAAAGAUCUCUUAAAUGCCGAUUGUCUACAAAGAGCCGCAGAGAAAAGUUCGAAACACGGAGCAGAAGACAAGGCACAUUCUAUAAUAACUGCCAUGAAAGAGCGAAUGAAACAACGCGAAGAAGAGAAACCCGAGAUAUUUGAACUAAUACGUGCUGUCUUCAAUAUAGAGGAAAAGAGUCAUACAGGUCAUAUGAAAGCAAUGAAACAAAGCGUAUUAGAUGGUACCAGUAAAUGGUCCGCCAAAAUAGCCAUUACAGUGAUAUGUGCUCAAGGCUUAAUAGCGAAGGAUAAAAGCGGUACCAGUGAUCCCUACGUGACCGUUCAAGUCAGUAAGGUUAAAAAACGCACACGUACAAUGCCACAAGAACUAAACCCAGUUUGGAAUGAAAAAUUCCACUUUGAGUGUCACAAUUCAUCUGAUCGAAUAAAAGUCCGUGUUUGGGAUGAAGACAAUGAUCUUAAAUCAAAAUUAAGACAAAAACUUACCAGGGAGUCCGAUGAUUUCUUAGGUCAAACAAUUAUUGAAGUCCGUACAUUAUCAGGUGAGAUGGACGUGUGGUAUAAUUUAGAAAAGCGCACUGACAAAUCCGCAGUUUCCGGAGCUAUUCGUCUGCACAUAUCAGUUGAAAUAAAAGGCGAAGAAAAAGUUGCCCCUUACCACGUGCAAUACACAUGCCUACAUGAAAAUCUGUUCCACUAUCUCUGUGAGCAAAAUAAUGGCAUGGUAAAAUUGCCACAGCAAAAGGGUGACGAUGCUUGGAAAUUGUAUUUUGAUGAGAUACCUGAGGAAAUUGUAGACGAGUUUGCUAUGCGUUACGGCAUAGAAAAUAUAUACCAAGCUAUGACGCACUUUCAUUGCCUGUCAGCCAAAUAUUUAUGUCCUGGUGUGCCAGCAGUUAUGAGUACGCUUUUGGCGAAUAUAAAUGCAUAUUACGCUCAUACGACUGCUUCAUCCGCCGUAUCUGCUAGUGACCGCUUUGCAGCAAGCAAUUUUGGAAAAGAGAAAUUCGUCAAACUUCUCGAUCAGUUGCAUAACUCUUUACGAAUUGACUUGUCCAUGUAUCGUAAUAACUUCCCAGCUUCCAGCCCUGAAAAACUAAUGGAUCUGAAAUCUACUGUCGACUUGUUAACAAGUAUUACAUUUUUCCGAAUGAAGGUGCAGGAACUUUCAAGUCCACCACGAGCUAGCACAGUCGUUAAAGAUUGCGUUAAAGCUUGUCUUAGAUCCACUUAUCAAUUUCUUUUCGAAAACUGCUACGUAUUAUACAACAGGGAAUUUCAGGUGGAUCCAAACGAGGCGAAGCGUGAAUCUGACGACCAUGGACCAAAAUUGGAUAGUGUUGAUUUUUGGCACAAACUAAUCGCCUUGAUAGUCUCUGUGAUUGAUGAAGAUAAGAAUAGCUACGGCGCCGUUCUGAAUCAAUUUCCGCAAGAACUUAAUAUAGGACAACUGUCUGCUGCCACCAUGUGGAGUUUGUUUGCCGUUGAUAUGAAAUAUGCACUGGAGGAACAUGAACAGCAUAGACUAUGCAAAUCUUCUGCCUAUAUGAAUUUGCAUUUUCGCGUAAAGUGGUUGUAUAGCAACUACGUUAAAGAAGUUCCUCCACAUAAAGGUGCAGUACCAGAAUACCCAGCUUGGUUUGAACCAUUUGUUAUGCAAUGGCUUAAUGAAAAUGACGAUGUGUCGCUUGAAUAUCUUCACGGUGCCUUCAAUCGCGAUAAAAAAGACGGAUUCCAAAGAAGUAGCGAGCAUUCUCUUUUUUCAAAUUCGGUAGUAGACGUUUUCACACAACUAACACAAUGCUUCGAUGUUGUUAGCAAGCUCGAGUGUCCUGAUCCUGAAAUAUGGAAACGUUACAUGAGACGCUUCGCUAAAACUAUCGUGAAGGUGUUAAUUGCUUAUGCUGAUAUUGUUAAAAAAGAAUUUCCCGAACACACAAAGGAUGAAAGAGUUGCAUGUAUUCUCAUGAAUAAUAUUCAGCAGCUUCGUGUACAAUUGGAAAAAAUGUUUGAAUCUAUGGGUGGUGAUAAGUUAGAAGAAGAUGCUGCCAACAUUCUUAAGGAGUUGCAACAAAACCUUAACUCCGCUCUCGAUGAAUUGGCGUCACAGUUCGCUAUUAGUUUGGAGCCUCGCAUUACGCAGUCAUUACGAGAACUUGGAGAUUUGUUACUCGCUGUAAAAGGAAAUUCUACAGGCGAUAAAAUCAAUAGCAAUGUAGUUGCUGUGGAGGCCGAUGAAGUUCUUCGCCCACUAAUGGAUCUUUUAGAUGGAUCAUUAACACUUUAUGCCCAGUCUUGCGAAAAAACAGUUUUGAAACGACUCUUAAAGGAAUUAUGGAAAAUUGUGAUGCGAACUUUGGAAAAAACAAUUGUUUUGCCGCCAAUGACGGACAAAACAAUGAUGUUUAAACAUCUGACAGAUAAUGCCAAAAACCUCGCUUCUAAUGCCAAAAUUGAAGAUAUGGGCCGCCUGUUCAAAUCGCAUAUGGCUGGGAAACAAGACGUAAAAAGUGCUUUGAGCGGAGUCAUGGAUAUUUCAAAAGAAGUUGAAAAAAAUCUCUCACCGAAACAAUGCGCAGUACUUGACGUGGCCUUAGACACAAUUAAACAGUAUUUCCAUGCAGGUGGAAACGGUCUAAAGAAAACAUUCCUCGAAAAGUCUCCUGAAUUACAAAGUCUGCGCUAUGCAUUGAGCCUUUAUACACAAAUGACAGACACUUUAAUUAAAACGUUUAUAUCAUGUCAAAUUCUAGAUCCUGACCCGGAAGAAGAGAGCGUUGGAGAAAUAUCAGUACAAAUUGAUUUGUAUUCCCAUCCAGGUACCGGUGAAUUCAAAGUGAACGUAAAAGUUGUGGCCGCUAAUGAUCUCAAAUGGAAUAUACCAUCCGGAAUGUUUCGACCUUUUGUUGAAAUAAAUUUAAUCGGUCCAAAUUUACAGGAUAAAAAACGCAAAUUCGCAACAAAAUCUAAGUCCAAUAACUGGUCGCCAAAAUACAACGAAUCAUUUAAUUUUACUAUUGGUACUGAGGAACAACUUGAUUUUUUCGAAUUGCAUAUUUGCGUCAAAGAUUAUUGCUUUGCCAGAGAUGAUCGCUUAGUUGGUGUGGCAGUUAUACCGCUUAAAGAUAUUCUGGAGAAGGGUUCUCUUUCCAGUUGGCUGCCGUUACAGAGAAGAAUCCAUAUGGAUGAGACUGGUUGGACCAUUUUACGCAUACUCUCACAGCGCAAUAACGAUGAAGUCGCUAAAGAGUUUGUAAAGCUUAAAUCGGAAAUUCGACAAGAACCAACUGCAGGCACUUAAAAAAUUAUCGAUGCAUACAAUAUAUUAUAAAAUAUAAGCAAACAUACGGGAAAUAUCAUUUAACCUAUAACUUAAAUUCGUUGAUUGUAAGAAAAUAAUUUAAAAUCUUUAAACUCAGCAACGUUCACUUUGAUUGAUAUUGUUUAAGCUCUCUUAAUAUACAUCCCAUUAUUUAUUUCAUUGUAUAUAAGUAAUAAAAUACAUAUUUAUUUAAUAUAUCAAAUAAGAGUUUGUCGUAUUCAUAGUUAAAAAAAUAAAAUCACAAUUUUCAUUAUUUAA